AUGCCCAUCAUUAUUCUGGCCACUGCAGCGAUUCCCUCUCCAUCUACGAACUUGAACUCGUUCGGCCUCGUUUCGAUGCUGCGGCGAUCGGGCAGAUUGAGAAAGGUGUUUCGCAUCUAUCGGAAAUGUUGGGAGGUGAUAGAAAGUCGUCUGGGAUAUUUGGCUGAGAUUUUGUUGGUGGGCUUUGACUCAGGGACCAAAGCAGUGACAAGAAUGGUCUUGCAACUCGAUGCGCGCCAACGUGGACCAAAACGAUAUCUUCCGCGCUGGGAUUCUUGGCUAACCGAGUUGGACGGGUGUGUCUCUUCGAGGGCACGGCAUUAUCGCUUUGCAGUCACGCUCCAACUUGAGGAUAUUGUACAUGGUUCUCGCGGUGGCGGCGCCUUUCUAUCGUCCGUAGGUUUGCUUGUUGGAAAUCUUGGGUCGCUGUCUUAG